AUGUAUUUCGAAAAGCAUAGGGACCAGGCAGCAUCGCUACGGGAUAGCAUCGAUAGUAUUCAUCGAACCGACGAGGGGGUCGCCUUCGUCGUAAUAGCCGCCUUGAAACUGCGGAAGCACGGAGGAGUGAAUGUCGGGAUGAUUUCGAACACCCUUGCCCGGCCUAAACGUGCGGCCGAGGACUACGCGCGACACCACCAUGCCGAACAAGACCCAGACGGACCUUCGUCUUCCAAAAAGCUCCGCUUCGAUCUCCGGAACCCUUCCACAUUAGCUCCUGAUACCAAUGAAGAAGAUGUUGUGCUUGAUGCUGAUGAAAUUGGCCGGCGUGGACAAAGAAUAAAACGCAACGCGGUCAACAUCGAUGGCUACGACUCGGACAGCGAAAAUGAGAAUUUCAACGCCCGCGCCGAGGCGAGGGGCGGAUCUAGUAAGGCGCCAAACGAUCUCGACGAAGAUGACAUGUUUGCGGAAGUCGAGGAAGAGACUGGUCUUCCAGAUGACGAUAUCGGAAAGACAAGGAAGCAAGUCAGAUUCUUGGAUGAUAACGAGAUAGAAGGACAGGUAAACGAGUCGCGAAGUGGAGGCAAAGUCAUACUGGAUGACAUGUCUUCGAAUAAGAAGGGCAAGCAAAAGGAAACGGAAGCGGAAGAGAGUGAUAGCGAUACUGACGAUGAAGGUCGCGCGGACAUUAGUGGAGUCGACAAGGAGCUCGGCGCCGGUGGGAAAAAGACCCAUGCGCCACGCCUCGAUGCGUUCAAUAUGAGAUCAGAGCAAGAAGAGGGACGCUUUGAUGAAUCCGGAAAUUAUAUUCGAAAGGCCGUCGACCCAGAUGCAGUUCACGAUUCCUGGUUAGAAGGGGUGUCGAAGAAGGACAUGAAGAGAGCCAGAGCCGCUGCUGAAAGACGAGAGGAAGAGCGAAGGCAAAAAUCCAUCGCCGACGCCAGUGUACUAACGAGCGAUGUCUUGGAAGUACUGAUCACGAAUCUACAGCGGGGGGAAACAAUUUUAGAAGCUCUGGCACGCCUGGGCAAGGGUCAAAAACAUAAGCCGAGAUGGCAGAACAAGAACAAAAACAGGCACAAGAAAACAAAUGGCUCCACAGAGGACGUCGAAAUGACGGAAGAAGAUCCAGCUGAAGUGACCCGCAAGCAAACUAUCGAAAAGAUCACUGGGGCCGCAGAUAUCCUGCUCAGUCGAGGACAGACGGAUAUAUACGAUGCAGAACGAGAGCUGCUCACAAGGCAAUACCAGCGCGAAACGGGUGAAGCUUGGGUUGAUCCAGCGCAUCUUGGAUCAGCGGAACCCGACCUUGACAACAAUACAAUGUGGGAAUUCCGCUGGUCGGACGCCCGCGACGGGGGAGUAAUACAUGGGCCGUAUGAGAAAGCAAUGAUGGAGUCCUGGAGCAGUGCCGGGUAUUUUGGAGGAACCGGCGCAGAAUUUCGGAGAGUAGGCUCUACAAGCGAUUGGAGCGGCGUGGCUCCCUUUUUGUGA